AUCUUGUCACUUGCGGUGUCUCGAGUUGGCGUCCGCCGGGAAGGCGGGGCUGCGGCUCGCACAUGGCCCCUCUGCCAGGCGCAGAGCUGGUCCAGACGCCGUUGCAGCUGUACCGCUACCUGUUGCGUUGUUGCCGGCAGCUGCCAGCCAAGGGCAUCCAGGACCACUACAAGCAUGCUGUCAGGCAGAGUUUCCAAGUUCACUCAGAUGAAGACAACCCCGAGAGAAUCCAACAGAUUAUUAAAAGAGCCAUUGAAGACGCCGACUGGAUCAUGAACAAGUAUAGGAAACAAAACUGAGUAUCUGGAGCUCACAGCGAGAGCGUAGCCGCCGUGGAGACACUUCUGGAACUGAGAAACAUCUCUGCUUUCGGAACUAAGGAGCAGCAUCAGUUCUGGAAUAUUCUUUGACCUUGCUGGCUAAAAGCAAGAAAUCAUAGCUGACGCUUGGUCAGGUGGUUCUCAUCAUCGCAGCCAUGUCUCCAGCGUCUUUUAUGUCUGCUUUUCCAGACAGAAACGAUACACAAUUUGGGGAGAA